AGAUUCUACAUGAGAAGGAAAAAAUAUUAUUCUCGGUUGAUGYCUGCAGCAACAAAGCUGCAGUCAAGCUAUCGGUCUUUUGCUUGUCGGAAAGAAUAUGCUGUGCUGUUGUCCGAAAGAGCAGCAGUUUUGAUCGAGUCUCUAGCAAGAAUGUAUUUGUGCCGAACAAAAUUUUAUCAACACAAGGCAUCAGUGGUGAUUCAAGCCGCAGCAAGAAUGUAUCGAUAUCGGAAAAUAUACCUUGCAUACCAGAGUUGUGCUAUGUUAUUGUCCGAAAAAGCAGCAGUCGUAAUCGAGUCUCUAGCAAGAAUGUACUUAUGCCGAACAAAAUUUAAUCAGCACAAGGCAUCCGUGGUGAUUCAAGCCGUAGUGAGAAUGCAUCUAUCUCGAAAAAAAUACCGUGCUUAUCAGAUUGGUUACAACGCUAUCGUAACGCUACAAACCGUCUUCAGGGUAUAUGGGUGUCGAAAAAAAUAUCUUUCUACCUUAAAAUCUGCGACUACAAUCCAAUCGGCAGCAAGAAUGUUUAUCGCUCGAUCUAACUAUUUUACGGCCAAACAAUCGACACAUACUCGACCUGUGGCAGAUUUGGAGAGUUCGUUACCUCCUCUUGUUGUUCAAGAGGAUCAUUCAGCUGGUAGCGAAGCCACUGUUGCUGAAAAAGUGUUUCACCUGGAGAAACGAGUACUCAACGAAGCUACUAACAGCACUAAACUGUAUGGGGGGUCCAGUAAACUGAGACCUAGUAAAAGUGCGACAGAAGAAAGACUACUGGCGUUGGCUGCCAAAGUUGCGAAGAAAAGAUCUUGGCAGCAGUCACAAGUAAGGGAAGAGAAUAAGCCGAAGGUUGGGAURUUAAGGGAGCGAAUGAAUCAACUGAAUCAAAUUGCUAAGAAACAAAAAACUUUUGAAAAUGGACUAGAAUCAGCAGAGAAACGAGACGAACGUGAAUUCGAUGUCGGCAACACCUUUAGUACUGGUCGAGACCGCCACUUAACUAUGAAAAAGUAUCUUAAAGGCAUUGCUAAGAAAGAAGAACCUUUGUUUCACGUCGGAAAACACUUUAGCACUGGUCGAGACCACCACAAAACUGCCAAAAACUACCUUGAAGGUAUCGCCAAAAAACAAAGAAAACUAGAAGAUAGACUGGGAGUAGCAGUAAAACAAGAGGAACCUGUGUUAAAAGUUGGGAAAAUUUCUAGUCCUGGUCAUGAUCGCCACGGGGUCGUAAAUAAGGACGAUAAAAUUGUAACUGAAAAACAAAUACUUGUGGAACGGAGACCAGAUGUGACGGGAAAACGCRACGAAGUGGGAUUGAGCGUCAGCGAAAGGUURAGGCCUGGUCGAGACCGCCACUCAASUGUUCAAAUGGAUCUUGAAAUUCCCGCUAUGAAAGAAAGAACCGACACCAUGUAUAAUGCAUUUCAAACAGACAGUCAUGGUGAUGAAUUUGUACCAGUACAGCAACCAUUAUCAGAAAAUAUUUCAAAAACGACUGAAGAAGCCGGCGAAGAGUUAGAGAAACCCGAAAAUGAAGCCAAUAAAUCUCUUUGUACGAAUGAUUCUCAAACUGAAAGUUUCAAUGGCAAAGAAGAAAGUUUUUCUGCUGAUGAUGGGCUUUUGCAUGACGCAACUCGCGACGUACGAUGCUCGUCAAUUGACGUAGAAGAGAAAGUUACUUCAAACAUCCCAAUUGAUUCUGGUGAUGAGAGUAAUGUCAGCCAUGAUACACUUCCACGUUGGAAUCAACGAACAAUUGUUGACGACCUUGCAGAUGACAUCGGUGACUUCGAGUCAGCCUCGGAUAGUGAAUAUUCCCAAGUAGGGUAUGAGAAUGGUUCCCUAGCGAUCGUAGAUGACUCAGUUCACAAAAACCUAGACUCCGACGUCGAUUCCUCAGUAGAAGUCGAAUGGAAAGAUCUACUCGAUCUAGAUGAGGUCGGGUCUGAUCGUCAAUAUGAUGCAGAAGAAGAUCUGAAACUACCAGCAAUCCAAUCUGCCUUUACGGACUGGUCUAAAUCUAUCGUAGAUGAUUUGGUGGAUGACGUCGAUGCACAAUCUGAUGAUGCAUCCCGCAUGGGAUAUGGUAGUGAUACGGAUACCGAUGCUAGCAACGAUGAUGAAAGGACAGAAGACGAACCCAACAAUUUCGCAUCGAAAUUUAUGAGAUUGUUUUUUUAAAUACGAGAACAUUGACAUGGGAUGAGGACGAGACUGAGAAAUGCAUCAUUUCAUUUCAUACAGCUGCCAAUAUUGCUUUUGUUCUACUGAGCAUGCGGCUUCUUCGUUGAUUCGUAAGACAUAGAUUUUAGACC